GGUCGCGACCUCUCUGAGAGGAGUCACAGGGGAGGGCGUCUCGGUCUCUGAUUUGACGCCUCCGUCGCUCGGAGAUGGGAUUAGUGUCCUUCGCUGGGAGAGUCUUCUUCGCCUCCGUCUUCCUCCUCGCGGCCUACCAGGAGUAAUGCCGCUCUUCCCUCCUCUCUUCGCUCCGUUUUUCUUCUGGACUCUCACCUCUUCUCCUCAGUCGCUCGUUUUCUUUAGAUCUGUUGUUUUCGUCACUGGAUCUCGUCUCAAUCGUGCAAUUCCUUGCCUCUCGGCUCCAAACUUGGGGGUUCUGUUUUGAUAUGUGGACUACGGUUUAAGAUCUCUUGCUUGUCGAAGGUUGGAUGCCCUGAAAUUGACGCGGACCGGUGCUGAAGGGCGGUGAUAUGCCCUGAAAUUGACACGCUACACCUGGUGUCACACGCCAGGUCAGAAUCCGUAAUAAGCUGUUGCUUGGCAUGUCUCGGAAAUCCCGAGAUGGCACCGCUCCCGAGAUACGAUAACUCAGAAUCCGUACCAAGGUAGGCGGUCGACCCGAGCCACGAGCGCCUUGACCAGGAAAUCGCCACACAGUGAGGGAGGUCGAGCUGUCACUUAUCUCAGGAAUGGAGAGACGCAGCUCGACGUUGACGGCGCUCGGACCAACAAACGCUGACCAACACCCCGUUACGAAUGCUCGACCCACCUGGGCGUCCAGCUCAGCCAACAGAGAACUCCCGACAUCGACCUGUGGACCUAGCCGUGCUGACCCAUCAGCCACGGCAUCUUUGUUCACCAACAGGUUUAGUGAAUUUGGAGUUGAUGGUGGACCAGCAGCAAAGUCUCUCCGGCCAAAGUACAACCUAUUCAUGAAACAUGUCUCUUCACAUCUUGGCAUUGUGGUGCCACAUGUUGAAAUGAAACAUGUUAUUGCAAGCACCAUAUUUCUGAAAGGUUUUGGUGGCCUCUUGUUCAUCUUCAGCAGCUCUUUUGGAGCAUAUCUUCUGCUUCUGUACCUAGCUUUCAUCACACCAGUUGUGUACGCCUUCUACAAUUAUGAUAUAGAGAAGCCAGAAUUUGUGCAGCUUUUCAGCAAAUUCGCUCAGAAUCUGGCACUUUUUGGCGCACUACUCUUCUUUCUUGGCAUGAAGAAUUCAAUCCCAAGACGGCAGCCUAAAAAGGUUCCCAAGUCAAAAAACAAAUUAAACUGAGAUGCUUGGUAGUGCAUACCGUGCAAGUUGGUGAAUCAGGUAAUGUUAACGAUUCGCACUUAAGGAUUCUGCAGCAUGUUCACCAUUCAUUGUCAAGAAGCAGAUUUUUUGGGGAAGCAUACAACCCUCACAAGAUGUGAAUUGCGGAUUAGGAUUGUGUUUCUAGUGUAUCACUUUUGUCAUUUUUCUUGGUUUAGAAGUCUGGACUGGAGUUGUCUGCUAGUUGAUAUUUACAAAUUCAUACAUUUAUGUACUUUUCGUGUCACUUAGCUGGCUGGAUGUUUUGCAAAUUUGAAUCGUUGUUAUGCAGCAAGCAUUGGCUAGCGGGUUAUCUCAA